AUGCUAAUCUACUUUGUUACUUUCAUCUCCUUCAUCUUCUUCUAUAAAUACACUCUUCCCAUCAAACCACUUCCAUCAUGGGCUAGUGAAAUGAGACUCCUCUCUUUCUAUUUCUGGGAAAAUUUAUCAAUCCUAUUCCCCUCCAUAAAAUUCCUUAAAAACACCCAAAUGACCUCAAACAUGACCAAGAAAAAGAAAGUCAACAAGUCAACAACAUAUUCUUCAGAAAACUCUAAAACCACCACCACAACAACAACAACAACAACGAAUCCAUGUCUAUUGGAUUUGCCUGAUUUGGUAUUGGAAACCAUUCUUGAAAAGCUUGAACCUUCUGACCUUUCAACAAUGGCUUGUGUUUCAACUUGUUUAAAAGACAUUUGUUUGAGUGAUUUUCUAUGGAAACGACACAUGAAGGAGAAAUGGGGAAGAAUCAUUGGUUCUGCUGCCCAAAGGGAAUGGGGAAUCGCAUAUUGCAACUCAAAAGGAAUCAAAAAACUACUUUUUUGA